AUGGGUUUGGGUCAGAGCGUUGAGGACUUGUACUUCCCACAAAAGGUGAAAUUGGGGCAAGGGGGCUUCGGCACAGUAUGGCGCGCGAUCGACCGAAAGACCAAUCGCUUUGUGGCGGUGAAGCAGAUCGACAAGUUGAAGGCAUACUGGCAGGGGGCCAAAAGGUCUGAGCUUCUUAUGGAGAUUGACAUCCUGCGGGCCUGCAACCAUCUGAAUGUCACCAAGCUUUACAACUGCUUUGAGGAUAGUGCCACCAUUUCAAUAGCAAUGGAGUACUGCGAUGGAGGCGACCUAGAUGACAAGCUCAAGGAAAGAGGAUGGAAGGUGCCGGAGGAGCAAGCGGCACGGUGGAUGCACCAAAUCUGCUCGGCAAUCGGUCACCUACAUGCGCGGAAUAUCUGCCACCGCGACAUCAAACCUGGAAACUUCAUGCUCGCCAUGGAUGUGCUGAAAUUGUCGGACUUUGGUUUUGCCACUUUCCUUAAGAAAGAAGAGACAAGCAUGGAAGACGUCGGCACACCUGCCUUCAUGGCUCCAGAGCAGCACCUUCUCAAGAAGGGCAGCCGUUCUGGAUAUGGUCAUCCUGUGGACGUUUGGGCAGCAGGAUGCACUCUCCAUAUGCUCAUCUCUGGAGGGCGACACCCCUUUGUGAAGGGGAAGAGCACUUUGGACAUGCCCAACUUGCUGGAGGGAAAUUUGGACUUUGGCCUUUCCAUGUUCGGCGAUUUGAUGGGUUCGGAAACGCCCGCGCGGAGCUUGUGCCGUCGAAUGGUGUGCCCAGACCUCAAGACCCGGUUGACGAUCGAGGAGACCUUGACAGAUCCUUGGCUUCAAGCCUCCGUGCUGGAUGCAGGUCUUCAACCUUCACGGGUGUUGCAGGACUUGGGUGGUGAUCCCGCUGAGCGCUACCAGCAAUUAGAGCAGCAAUUGCUCUUGGCCGAGAAGCAGCUAAAGGAAGCAGAAGAGCGGGAGCUGUCCUUGAAAAGCAAGUUGCAGAAGCAGGAAGACUCUGUCGUCCUUAUUUCCAUCCCAAUCACUUUGCCCGAGUGCAUGAACCGAUGCACCUCUUGUACAUCUUUUGGUCGCGGCUCCGAACGUUUGGAUAGGGAGCGCGUCAUGAAAUACCAAAAAUAG